UCCAACUCAUUGCCCCCCACCAAUAAAACUCCCCAACUCCUCCUCCCAUUGACUCGUCAUCUUCUUCUUCUUCUUCUUCUCUCUCUCUCACACACACACGAAAUACAAAUGUCGCACCCCUUCGCCCAGGCCAGCGAGACGAGCCCCUUCGGCUCCCUCACUCCCGACGAGUUCUACGCCCGCCACUCAGUGAGCCACGGCUACGAGUUCGUCACCAACCCCCGCGGCCUCAAGCUCUUCACCCAGUGGUGGACCCCUCUCCCCCCGACCAGGGUCCUCGGCGUCCUCGCCGUCGUCCACGGCUUCACCGGCGAGUCCAGCUGGCUCGUCCAGCUCACCUCCGUCUUCUUCGCCAAGUCCGGCUUCGCCACCUGCGCCCUCGACCACCAGGGCCACGGCUUCUCCGACGGCCUCGCCCACCACAUCCCCGACCUCAACCCCGUCGUCGACGACUGCGUCUCCUUCUUCGACUCCUUCCGCGCCCGCCACGGCCCCUCCCUCCCCGCCUUCCUCUACGCCGAGUCCCUCGGCGGCGCCAUCGCCCUUUACAUCGCCCUCCGCCAGCCCCGCGCAUGGGCCGGCCUCGUCCUCAACGGCGCCAUGUGCGGCAUCAGCGCCAAGUUCAAGCCCCCCUGGCCGCUCGAGCACCUCCUCUUCCUGGUCGCCGCUGUCAUCCCCACCUGGCGCGUGGUGCCCACGCGCGGUUCGAUCCCGGACGUGUCGUUCAAGGAGGACUGGAAGCGGAAGCUGGCACUGGCAAGCCCGCAGAGGACGGUGGCUAGGCCGCGGGCGGCGACGGCGCUCGAGCUGCUGAGGGUGUGCCGGGAGCUGCAGGGCCGGUUCGAGGAGGUGGAGGUGCCGCUCCUCAUCGUGCACGGCGGCGACGACGUCGUCUGCGACCCGGCGUGCGUGGAGGAGCUGUACGCCCGCGCCGGGAGCAAGGACAAGACGCUGAGGAUACACCCUGGGAUGUGGCAUCAGCUGGCAGGAGAGCCCGACGAGAGCGUUGACAUGGUGUUCGGGGAGAUGAAGGCGUGGCUCGUGGCCAGGGCUGAGCGCGCCGCGUUGGGGGCCGGCGGAGGUGACGCACGCGCUGCCGUGGAGGAUGGGGCGCAGGAUCAGGGUCCAAAUUGAGUCGUCAAACGCAUCAAAAACAAAAUUUACUCCGGGAAGAGCGUCAAUGGGGUUGCCUUGGAUAUCGUCAGAAUUUCUUUAAAAAGAUCUUUUCUUGGA